CGAAGUUGCAGCUUUAAUGGCGGCUUCCAUGUAAACAAAAUGAAUGUGAACAAGUUAUUUUCUCGAAGGUGGGCUCAGUGGAAAGAACAGUUGCAAAAACAAACAAAAUCUAAAUUCUUCAGAGAAGGACUGCCAUUCAUUUUGUUUGUGGUCAUAGGAUCAUUCGGUUUGAAAGAGAUAUGUAGUAUUAGAUAUGAGUUUAAAACGACUGUGGAAACAGUUCAGGUUCCAAUAAGUGAGGAAGAAUAUCAGGAAAGAAACAAACAUGAAAAAGAAUUGGUGGAGUCAUAUAAGAAAAUUGAUUAUGAAAAAUGGAGAAAUAAACGUAUAUGGAGAGAAAGUGAUGAGGGAAAAAAAUUUUCAUAGGCAACUAAUUGAUAUUAUGUGAAUAUUUUCAAAUACCAUGCUGUUAUGUGAACAUCUUGAAAAACUAUGCUAAUAUGUGAAUAUUUUUCAAAACCCUGCUGUUAUGUGAAUAUUUUCAAAUACCAUGCUGUUAUGCAAAUAUAGUAAUUCCUUAGUUCAUGUGAACUUUUAGAUGCAAGCUUAUCAAAUAUAUAAAAGGCUUGACAUGAACAUAACUUACAGGCAAGAUUGACAGGCAAGUGUUUUCAAAAUGCCUAAAUUCACGCCAAACUUAAUACCUGGAACCCAUCUUAGAGAAUUGUUAAUGUGUGAAAAAUUGUAUAGAAAUUUGUUUGAUAUGUAGUGUAAGUGUGUGAAAGGAAAUAAAUUUUAAAUCCAAAA